AUAGAAACACAACCUUGAAAUUUGUUUCAUUAAGUUUGAUGCAUUUAAUUUACAGAAAUCUCCUUCUCUCUUUCCAGCUUUCUUGUCUGGUGUAUUUGGACAAGUUUUGGUCUCUAUAGUUUCUUACAAGUUACUUUGAGAGGAGGGCAAAGAUGUUGAUCAAAGGAGUCUCGGGCGGUGAUGAUUCUCUCUAUGGCAUUCUAUGUAAACAUCUAGAAUCAAGAACCUCUAAAUUUUCUGCAUCUGAAAGCUCCAGAACUAUUGGACAAUUAUGUGAAAACUCUGAUGAUCAUAUAAUGCCUGUGUGUUCACAUGAGUUGGAGAUGUAUGAUACAGCCAGUACAUCAAAUAAUCCUUUGGAUAAAUAUGAUUUGGCUGAUGAGAAUUUUAAAUCAAGAGAUACCCUGCAUUCACUGGUGCAAUCUUCUUUUAGUUGUAGACACAAACCUGAAUCUUCAACCCCGAAGGGUGCCAAAACUUCGCGCAAUCCUUAUCUAAGUAUGGCGGCGAGAGGCAGUCAAGUGGGGAAGGAUUCAUUCGACUCGCGAAUCAUUAAACUAUGUUAUGUAUGCCAACUAGAAAAGAAGCCUCAAUCUCCUCCUAAUGAAAGCGUCUGCAUUUCUUCGAAUAAUGUUACUCCAGAAAGAGUAGAGACAACAAAAAAGAGGCGGAUCACGUGGACUCACGAUCUCCACGAGCAAUUUUGUGAAUGUGUUAACCGACUUGGAGGAGCCAAAAAGGCAACACCAAAGGCAAUCCUUAAGCUGAUGAACUGUUACGAAUUGAGCAUUUCAAAUGUUAAAAGUCACUUGCAGAAAUAUCGUGUUACCUGUGAUGUAACGGUAUCUCCCAAAGAUGCAGUUAAAACUGAAGGAUCACCUGGUACAAAUUCAUUUCCAGCACACGCUCCAGAAACGUGUCCGCAAAUAUUGGAGGCUCUAAAACUGCAAAUAAGUGUCCAGCAGAGCCUAUAUGAACAACUUGAGAUUCAGAGAAGCUUACAAUUGCGGAUUGAAGAACAAGCAAAGCAACUCAGGGAAAUGUUUGAUCGCCAAGCCGAAACUAACAAAAAUUUCCAACAUAGCGCUUGAAUUGUCCGUCGCCUAUGUUUAGAAGAACAACAACAACUUAUGAUUGACAAUGAGCAACUUCAUCUUAGGCAUGACCGUCCUCAAGCAUCUAACAUCACUUAGAAUUCAUGCAUGUACAUUUUUAAUUCAAGGAAAGUUCAUCAUACAAUUUUUCCUAUUCUAGAAGCACAAGGUUUUGGGAAAAAAAUCAACUUUCUUUACUUUACAGCUUGUUUGGAUGGUUGUUACC